UUGGAGUCGGGGAAGGGGACCCAUAGGGAAACGGAUUCAUUCAUUUAGUACAUUUACAAGUUUUGCGUUUUUAUGUGGUGUUUGCGCUAGCGUUGCGUUACAAAGCAUCCGUGAGGUUCUGCAUGGAGCUAAACCUUCACUUAGGGCUUCAAAUAUCCAUUAGAAGAAGUUACACUCCAUCCAUGUCUAAGUGCCACCAUGACGAGUAGCCAGCAGCAACAGGGCCCUGCAAAGCACCAAAGCCUCGCAGUUCUAUGCACAGAAACCUAAACUGAAAGAUUUCCCAAUGCUGAUUUUUCCCAGAAAUCCAAAAAUUCUCCCAGAUAUGAUCUGACUUUGUAUCAAAUUUAAGAAUGAUCCAUACGUUCCAGCAGCCACAUGGUGGAGUGAGAAAGCUUAUGGAUGGGUGGAAUAUAUAUCUGCUAGAUAUAUGGACUGACUGAGCAUUUGGCAGCCACAUACAAACAAGAUAAAGAAGGUAUGUCCCACAUGGAUCUGGAUGUGCGUCCUGGCACUGCCAGUGUCAAGGUGACAGAUCUGGGUUGGCAAGGAUUGCUAAACCCCUUUCCACUAAACAAAGAUGAAGAUGAUGAUCUUGAGGAUGAGUGCCUCACACCUGCUAAGCUGCGACUUCUCACCGGUGUGGAUGAUCUACAGGAAGUUACAACGCUUCAGAUGUGUGUUAACACCAGGGAGAACAGUCUUGGGAAUUUUGGUGAGGACUAUUCCUUAGGUUCUCAUCUUCCCAACCUAAGGCAGCUGAAACUAAAUAACAGUAUCCUCACAUCUGUGAGAGACCUUGGUACCUCUCUGUCACAGCUCCAGGUGCUAUGGCUGGCUCAGUGUGGCCUUACCGACCUUGAUGGCAUUGCCUCCUUGUGCUCAUUAAAGGAGCUGUACCUGGCUUACAAUGACUUGACUGACCUGAGUGAAUUAAGCAUGCUGGAAAAUCUGGAGGUUCUCGACCUUGAAGGAAACAAUCUAGAGCAAAUAAAAGAGCUGCAGUAUCUAGCACUGUGCAGCAACCUCACCACCCUGACCCUGGAGGGUAACCCCAUCUGCACCCGGCCGAGCCCGGAGGCUGCUGAGUCUCCAGACUAUAAUUAUCGAGCUGAUGUUCGAAGUUUAAUCCCUCAUUUAAGAAAUCUGGAUGAUGCUCCAGUUGACCAGAUUACCCGAGCCUCUCCAUGCAUGCCUAGCCCCGACUGGCUGAUGGUGAAGGACUAUAUCAAAGAGAGCACGGGGGACCUGGUGGAUGUAGGCUUGGGCAAUGGAAACUUAUUGAGGAAGAAGAACCAAAGACCUGCCACUGCACAACCAGCCCUCACGGGAAGACCCCACUCUGCAAUAAGGCCAGCCAGUGCAGUGAGACCAGCUACCAGUGACCAAGGCCCAAGAGGACUUCUUCUUACCGAAUCAAUAGAAGAUAAAGAAGUUGAAGAUGAAGCUAGUGACUUAACCCACGGUGUUGGUAGAGUCAUCUGUGGGAAUCCAAUCAAAGCCCUCCGAGCUCGGAAGGAGAAGUUUGUGUCUGCUCCAGUGAUUCCUCUUCAGCUAUUAAGCCAAGACUGCAGGCUGGUGGACACCACUGAAGCCCCACUGGACAAAGACCAUGAAGAUGUGUUUGCAGAGCUAAGGGCCUGGAGAGAAAAGCACAAUGUGGUUUUACAAAGAUUCCAGGAGGAGCAUACGCCACAGAUCUUGACGAUCACACACAGUGAGGAGGAGGAGGACAGAAGUGCCAGCAGUGAAGAUGAGGAGCUAAAAGAAUGCUGGGACUCUUCUGACAAUGCCAGCCCCUCCCCCCUUCCUCAGUCGCCUUCAGACUCUCCACAUCCCAGAGAGAAGAUUUUGCAGGAUUCUCCGCUGGUGCCAUCUCCUCCUAUCACUCCAUGCCCACCAGUUAUAGGAAGCGAGAAGCUCAGAACAUACAAAGGGGCUGACAUUCGAGUGAGGCGUCUCUUGAAAAGCACCAGGGAUAUUGGUUACACAGCACCAAGACAGUCGGCUACACAUGAAUGCAUUGGGGACGAAGUUUUCCCACUAACAAACAAUGAUGGUGGCAUCUCUAGAACUUUACAUACCCUAAAGACACAAGCAACAUCUAACGGGCAACUUAGAGAGCAACUUCCACCUGGGACACAUUUAAGAUCUGUUACUAACAGACCUACACUGGAAAGGAACUCUCCAAAACUCAUUUCCCAUCACCAACCCGUCAUCCGCUCUUCCUCAAGAACCCCAGAAACACCAUCUCCACCCAACUUUGCCCGGCCCAUUGCUGCAAAAGGGGUUCUGCAAAGGUUACCAAAUCGUCCCACCCUUCUACUGAACAAGACGUCCAGCUCAUAGAAAUGUGGGGAAGCAAUUGUGUCCUGAAUGACAUUAACUUCCAAGAGGCCAUAAUAGAUUGUCCAAGGUGGAGACAAACUAAGCAGAGGGUUGCGGUGCUGUUUGUAAGUCUUUCUGAAACACAAUGACCCAGUGACAUUCAAACAAAUACUUUGACUUUUAGUAAAGAAUUAAUUUCUCAGAAUCCUUGCUAAAGAACCUCCCGCCAGAGGCAGGGUGCAAUAUUAUAGUGCUGAUACAUCCUUAUUGUAGGAUGUGUCUGCACCACAUUUCACACAAAGGUGCCCAACAGGCAGAAUACAGAUGUUCUGUAAUUUGUGAGGCUCUGUCUAUAAACUUUACUCACAUUGUAAUCUAGAUUUCCAUUGGUUUCAUUUGCAAUAUCUGAAAUCAAGAGGGCAGGCACUCCAAACAUAAUUUCUCCUACAUCAAUGCUGUCCAACUUAUAACAUGUACAUGGGCUGACCAGUUCUCACAAGCAUGUUCAAGGGCUGGAUUAAAUUAAAAUGAUAUCAUACUGAGAAGUGUAUGGAGCCUUUGAGUCCACUGGGGGGCCAUAAAAAUCCUUUAUGUGGCCUUCAGGCUUCCAGUUGGACUCAUGUCUAUGAGUAAGCGCUAAGUGUGAUAUUUUUUGAUAGUCCAUUUCCUUAGCUGAAUGCUCAGUGUGGUGCACCUGAGCCCCCGGAGUACACCAAUAAGGUUACUUAUAUGUGUAUAAUGUGUCCCAACACUCUUGUUGGACUUUCGUUUGCAAACAUCCAACACUGGGUAAGACUUAUUGUGGUGUUGUUUGGAUGUAUGGACAUGUUUCUGAGUGCUGAAGUCUACUUUGUUAUUAUUUAUAUCAAGAGGCAUUCCUAAAUACAGCUGGAUCCAAAUAAAUGAAAUGCACUAAGAGCUGGAAUUCAUAAGGAACAUGUAGACAGAUAAACUUAACCUGUAUGUGCAGAACUUGGCAAGCUGAGAAGUUUAAUGUCCACAGCCAAGGAUCUGCUGGAGCUACGUGUCGCACAUCACUGUAUCAUCUAAAACUCAUUGCGCAAAUGAUGACACAACUGUUUACGCUAAGGGUAAUUUCUCUUUAAUGGCCCCCCAGGCAAAUUAUACCCUGUCAAUCAGGGGCCCUGGGUAGCAGAAAGUUUUGCUCAGUCAGCUUAGAUCUAUUUGCUUUUGCAUGUAGCGGGCAAGUAUUUCCUCUUACCAUGAUCUCCUAUGAAACUAGGACUUUUCAAAAAAGAAAAAUAUUUCACACAAUCAGACAUUCUUUUCCCAUGUGUGCUUAAUGCCAUGCUGUGCCCAUGUUCCGCUCUGAUACAGACUAAUGGUAAGUAUGCAUGCUGAAUCCGCUCUUCUUUCUUUCAGUGUGCAUCAUGAGAUCAUGAAUUCUGUAUCUGCAUAUGCUUUCCCGAGUAGCAUGGGAGAUUUUGCUUUAAGACAAUCAGAUUUUGUACUUGGAAAAUAUUUUUCCUAUAUAAUUUAUUAGAAUAUUACAUGUGGAAACACUUAAUUUUGUUUGACCAUUUUUAUUUUGUAUGAUUUUUUGUUUUUUUGCACAAAGCUCAUUAAAAACAAUACCUGGUAA